GUUAAAGAUGGCGGCCAAAACAAAUGCGGUGGGAUUGAGAAAAAUAACAAAACCUGUUAUAAGUACUGAUGUAAUGGGAAACAGGAAUGUAGAAAUUCGAGCAGUCGGGGCUUGGGUCCAGCCAGCGUAUUCCGUCCCAGCAGAAGGAGUGGCAGCUGCAGAACAAGAAGAAGCAAGGAUAAGGCAGACUCAGGCUGAGAAAGAGGCAAAGCUGAAAAGAUUCAGGGAAGAUGUGAAAAACCGAGUACGGCUUAUGGAAAAGGCUCGCAAACAAAAAGAGCUAGAAAAGUCCUUCACUGCGGUUGAACAAGAGCAGAUCGUCUUGCAGCAAAGUGCCUUUAGUGAAAACAUUGUCCCAAGGAAAGAUAGCUGUUUGAUCAGAAAACAUGGAACACAUGCAAUUAAGCAAAUACGCCCACCAAGUUCAUAUGAGGGAAACAUGAGAAAUACUGAGAAAGCAGAGGAACAGGCUUUCAUUGAUCACACAGAAGAGGUACACAAAGUAACAAGACAGGCCAGGAGCAGACUAGUGUCUAAGCAGAUAAUAACAGAUGAUGUCAUCUCUGAUGGACUACCAGGAGGGGUGUGGAAAGUGUCGGUCUCCAGAGAUCUGCCUUUGAGAUCUUCAAAUGAAAACAGAGAUGAAGAUGUGGAAAAAGAAAAUGAAGAUAGUGAAGAUGAGGAUAAAGACAAAGAAAAUGAGAGUACAGACCCUUUGGAUAAAGUGGUCCAAUUUAAUCUGCAGCCAACAUUCCAUGAAAUAAAACAAAGGAAGCCAAGAUGUAAAAGUGCCCAUGCUUCUCUGGGGGGACAGAGCCACAGGAGGAAGCCGGUACCUGAUAUUUAUGCAGGCGUUCACAAAGAGGAACAGAAGAAGCAGCAGAAGCUACAGCAGGCUACGUACAGGCGUCUGUUUAUGGACAUAGAGAGGGAACAAGUCAAGGAAAACAUACGCAGGAAGGAGCAUCACAAACGAAUUCAGAAAUUAAAACUCGAGAAGGAAGAGGAGAGGAGAAAUGAGGAGGAGAUGUCCUUGAGGUCGGUGGAACCUCGUGACCCCCUCACAGGGGAGACCUCACUGGAGGCCCUCCAAAGGGAAAUCGAGGAGCAUCGGCAUGUGGUCCAAGUAAUCAGGGAAAACGAGGAGAGGCUGAGAAAAGUUAAAGAAAUGGAAAGAUUUGUUGAGGCCCUGAAGCAACAAUUAAAGGAGAAGAUGGAUAAGCGAGGGGUAGAACUGCCUCCCCUGUGUUGCUGUGGGAUGACCCUCUGGGAUACUAAUCCUGACACCUGUGCAAAUAACUGUGUCUUCUACAGAAACCCCAGAGGAUAUGCAAAGGCAUUACAAUCCUUGCUGAUGGCCAAUGAAAUAUCCUGAAACAGAAGUGUUUUAUAGGUAGAGGAAUGCUAAAUUGUAUUUAUUUAUUAUCUGUGAUAUUUUUAAAAAUCUUCAGGUAUUAAAAAUUAUUCAUAUUCUGAAGGUUGAAGAAAUGUUUUUCUUGAAAUUCAGAUUGUUGGCAAUGUCAAUGGGACUAAGUUACUUUUACCGUAAUUUUGAUUCUAGAGCAAUCUUUGAAUGCUGAUGAAGAUGAGUGUAAGCACAAAAAUGCUUUGUGUUGUUCAGUAUGUAAAAAAAAUGUACAUAUAGAUAUUUUAUUUAAAUUUGAUAUGUAAUGAGCCUUUCUUUUAUAAAUUGGACAGCUUUGUUAAUGCUUGAGAGAAAAAAAACACAACUAGCAUAAGUACAUGUGUAUGUCCUCCUGUAUUUGUUCAACUGUCAGUAAAUUGUAUUAAACAUGUUUUUAAAUGUACAAGGAAGUGUUUAAUGUUGUUUUAAAAAUAUAGUUUCUAUGAAACUAAAUUGGUAGAUAUUUUAGUUUAUUUUAAUUCAGAAU